CAACUACCGACAUAAUAUUCUCUUCCGGUCACCUUGAAUUUUGGACAAAUUUCGGGAUAUGUAUUCCCUACCUAAGUCCGGUGCUCUUCCAGCAGUUUCACAACUGAUAGGGAAAAUUACCAGACCGAUACUACCUUCAGCUUCACUAGCACCAGAAGUCGUGUCAUUAAAACCGUCCCAGCACGAUAAGAAAUCUACAUAUUCGUUACAUAAGUUGGCACCGAAAUCAGCAGUCAGCAUUUCAAAUAACUGGUGUAGACCCCAACAAGUAAGAUAUUCCCAUACAGAUAUAAAUUUUCCAGACUACUCGUCAUAUAAAAGAUCACCUUCUAAAGAUGUAAACAUAUCUCAAGUACAAACAGAACCACAAAGGAAACUCUUUUCCUAUUUGAUGGUUGGAGGUGGUGCACUUGCAGGUACAUAUGUCGCUAAAUCAUUUGUACAAGAUUUAAUGGGAGUAAUAGAUGUAUCAGCUGAUAUUUUAGCAUUAGCCAAGGUUGAGGUAGAUCUCGCUGAUGUCCCUGUGGGAGAGAAUUUAACAGUAAAAUGGCGAGGCAAACCAGUAUUUAUUAGGCAUAGAACAGAAGAAGAAAUCGAAACUGAAGCAGGUGUUGAUUUAGCAUCCUUGAGAGAUCCCCAACACGACUUGGAUAGAACACAAAAGCCAGAGUGGGCUGUUAUGUUAGGAGUCUGUACACAUUUAGGGUGUGUACCUGUUCCUAUGGCUGGAGAUUAUAAUGGUUAUUUCUGUCCCUGUCACGGAUCUCAUUAUGAUUUAUCUGGAAGGAUAAGGAAAGGUCCAGCUCCAUUGAACCUUGACAUCCCUGAUCAUUCGUUUCCAGAAGGAACAAUGCUGGUUAUUGGUUAACCAAUGAUUUUAAUAGAACAAUGAUUUUAUUUAUUUCGGUGAAAAUACGUACAAUGGUAUCAGUGGAUGAUAGUUUAUAUGUUAACAGAUUGUAAUGAAAUUUGACAAGUUUU